CGACACUAACAUCAAUCAGUCGUGCGACAUGUCAAAUAAAAUUAGUUACAUUUUUUUAACAUUAUGUCUGAAUUGUAUAUUCGUAUUAGGACAGUUAGCAGAUCAAAAGAGCAGUUUCGCUUUUGUGAUAGAUGACACCGGAUCAAUGGCAGAUGAUAUUGCUCAAGUGUUAAGUAAAACAGAACUAGUAUUCGACAAGAUUGUAGCCUCUGGAACAUCAUCGAUUGGAAAUAUUAUUUUAGUAACAUUUAACGAUCCGUAUGUUCGACCGGUACUCAUAACCAGAGACGUAAAUACAUUUAAGGCGAGAUUACACUCAGUCGUUGUCGACGGUGGAGACGAUUGUCCAGAAAUGGCGAUGUCGGGAAUUGAAGCGGCUUUAUCAAAUUCUCUGCCAGGAUCCUAUAUUUAUGUUUUCACCGACGCUUCCGCUAAGGACUACGACAAAUUCCCAAAAAUCAAGAGAAUGGCACAAAAACAAGGAUCUCAGAUUGUGUUCUUGCUAACGGGAGAAUGCGAUUCUUUUGGUGAACUUGAUCCUGGUUACAGAGUAUACCAUGAAUUAGCCAGUGCUACUUCGGGACAAGUGUUUCGUAUUGAUAAAGGCGAAAUUGGUCAGGUGUUAGACUUCGUAGGCAAAACUCUUGAUCAAAGACGAGCCGUGUUGGCUUCUUCAGUAUUUUCACCUGGAUACGGCAAAAACUUAAGCUUUCCUGCUGACCCAGAAAUAGACGAUGUGCAAAUAUCUGUGUCAGGUGUUAGUCCGAAAGUUAAAGUAUUAAAACCAGACGGAAGCGACUCUAAAACAACUGAUAUAUUCAAAAACGAUGAGACUCUGGUAGUGGGAGUUGAAAAAUUAGGCUCAGGAAAACAUACGGCGGAGGUUGGCAGUGAAAGUAAGACGAGGGUUGUCAUAACCGGAGUCACUGCUAUCAACUUCCAACAUGGUUUUACUGGUUUAAAACCCACUUCUAUUAAAACCACUGUAACCAGACCCAUUGCAGGUAAACCGUCAUUUUUGGCAAUAGAAUUAUCAAAUAAAGCCAAGGAUGUUAUAUUAAAUGAAGUUGAAUUAUUAGAUCUAGAUAAUAACGUUAUUGGUGUACGACCAUUAAAACAAGUCGACAAAAAUUUCUAUGUGGCUGAUAAAGAUCUACCUCCAACUUCGAUUUUUAGAAUAGCGGUGAAAGGCUACAAUACAAAGACGAAAGAACCAAUAAAACGAUUAUCGUUUACCCCUAUUGAACCUCAAACGCCUUCAACAGAAGACAUACCAGUAAACCGAGCACCGACCGUAACUUUAAUUGGAGAUCCUUUAAGAGAACAAUCAUACGGCGAGCCUUUGCAGCUGCAAUGUAAAAUCAACGCGUAUCCUGCACCGAAAGUACAAUGGAUAGAUGAAACAUCUGGAUUGACAGUUUCAGAAUUGGCUGUAGAAGAAGAACUGCCGUAUGAUUACAUUAGUAUACUUGAUCUACAGCAAGUGAAGAUCAAUACUUCUUAUCAAUGUCGAGCAUCUAAUGACUUUGGUCAAGACAAUACCACAGUUACUGUGCGAGCUAUUGAUAAAUUUGUAGUCUUGAACGUUUCAAAAGACACAAGUAUUGACUACGAUGAUGAAGGAAAAUUGUACUGCAUAAGUAAUGCGAAUCCUCCAGCACAAGUUACAUGGUACCUUAACGGAGACUUGUUAGAUUUAGAUGAAAAUAUAGACAAAUCUGAAGAUGGAUCUAUCCUCAAUAUAAUAUACAUGAAACCAAAGUUUGAAGGAAAAUACAUCUGCGAAGUUAAAAACGAGCUCCAUAGAGAUAUUUACUACAUGAAUGUUGUUAUGACAGGAACAGCUGCACCGAAAAUCGAUGAUUCCGUCACCAAAGUCAACGUAACUAGGAAAGAAAAUGCUACAAUUAGUUGCAACGUCACUGAAGGUAUACCUCAACCAGACGUCCGAUGGAGCUUCAGACAUCGUUACGCUACAGACUUCGUUGUCCUCGAUACUCAUUCGGAUACGCUUGAAAUAAGUAACACAGAUAUAAAUGCUGCAGGAACUUAUAAAUGUGAAGCAUUCAAUUUGUUCGGACAAGCUGAACACGAAAUAGAAUUAGUAGUUAAAUAUCCGCCAAAAAUAACAUCGAAAAGGCAAACAAUAAAAAAUAAAUCAGGUACAAAUAUUUACUUAAAGUGCGAAGUGGAUGGAGUGCCGCAACCAAAUGUUAAAUGGACAUUCAAUGGAGUCGAGAUCAAGAAAUCUUUACGACAACGUAUAUAUAGAGACAACAUGUUGGGUAUGAAGGCUUCAGUUACCGACUCGGGAAUAUACAAUUGUACUGCUGUAAAUGAGCUAGGAUCCGAUACUAUAACAGUGGACGUUACAAUAUAUGACACAGUAAGAAUUACGCCACCGAUUAAAAGUACGUUGGAAACAAAAGUCGGAAGCACUAUUGUUCUCCCUUGCGAGGCGUUUGGAUAUCCUACGCCAACUGUAAAAUGGAUCUUCAUUAAGGAGAAUAACCAUUCCGAGGUACUAAGACCAAGUGAUCCUUCAGGGUCGCUGCAGUUGCCUCGAGUGCAAACCGAACAAGGCGGUCAAUAUUUGUGCAUUGCGGAGAACGUGGGAGGUUCAAGUAAUAUAACUUACACACUACAAGUAUUAGCUCCUCCUCAUAUUGUAAAGUCUUCAGUACCUAAAAGCAUCACUGCUGUCGUCAACGAUUUAGUUUUAACCCUCCCUUGUAAAUCCAAAGGAAAUCCGAAGCCAAAAAUUACUUGGUUAAAAGAUGAACUUAAAAUCCCUUCAGGAACCUAUUGGCAUGAUAUAAAGGAGGAUGGUACUUUGGUUAUCAAGAAUAUCGACGAUAUAACCCAGGGCAGAUAUAUCUGUGUGGCAGAAAAUUCCUUGGGCAACGACAAUGAUUAUUUCGAUGUAUUUGUCCAGAAUUAUCCCGAGGCAAGUGAGAAACGUGGUGUCAUGGAUGUUCAACUUGGAAAAUCGGUCAAAAUUGAUUGUGACAUACCUCAUACGCUCAGCGAUCGGUUAACUUGGUAUAAGGACUCAUUAUUGAUAGCAUCCGGUGAAUUAUAUUUAGACAAUAUUAACAUGGGAGACAAUGGACUUUAUACUUGUCGAGUUAACAACUUUUCUGGAGCGACGAGCGCCUCCAAGAUAGUUAACGUUGGUAUCCCGCCGUACUUCAUUGAAGCAGCCAAUGCAACUAUACUGUAUAAACCAGAUGCUGAAGCUUAUUUAUCAUGCCUCGCCUCCGGUGUACCAACCCCAGCUGUGACGUGGUUACAUAAUAACAUACCAAUAGAAUUUACCGAUAUGGCUUACCGAUUUUAUAUGAGUUCAAAAGACACGGGAAGUUACUCAUGUCUUGUAAGCAACAGAUAUGGAACAAUAAUUAGAGAUUUCAACAUUAUUCCAAAAUGCUUCUUAAAAGUUGAAAGUAACCCUGAUAGCCCAAAAGUUUCUAUAUUGGGUGCUAGAGAUUUAUCAGAGUCAAGCCAUGUCGUUGUAAAUGUUCAAGUAGGGGAAGAAGUAUUAAUCUAUUGUACAAAUGGCUUUGAAAUAUUCCCUGGAACCGUAUUGGAAGCAAUUUGCAUUCAAGACACCAUGCUUAAGAUGGGAGAUAAGGAAAUUAAUUACAGUGAUAUAAAAUGUAGAAAACAUAUAACACCGAUAACAAAACAGACUGGUAGACGUUGUAGUCCCACAAAACGGGAUACAGAAACAAUUAAAGUUGGAAUUGAAACAGAUGGAAAAUUCGAUGAAGUGUUUGAAAUAUGCUAUGAUAAAUUUAAUAGUGUACCUAUUUAUUCAACACAAAAUAUAAAUGAAUCUCUAGCGUUAGUAGAACCGAAAGAUGUUAGAUGGUAUGAUAAUGAUUUGGUAAGAUAUAAUUUUGAUGAAUUAUAUGACUGUACAAUUCAAAUGUAUCACAUAAAUGUAAUCAGACCUUUAGCAAGAGGUUUUGAUUGUUGUUUUACUAAAAGGCAAUUAGUUAAUUCGCAAGAUGUUCCCCCUGGUGUGUCUCAGAUCGCUACCUACAGUAAUUUGAAUAUAGUGCCACAUUGGAGCACAUGUGGAACAAAGAACUGGGACGAUAUUGAAAUGAGAAUAAGGAUAUUAGCAAAAUCGCUGAAUAGAAACUUGAUUGUUAGAACUGGUGCUUCAGGGCAACUUCAAAUUCCCACAGCGACGUUGAGUAUGCAAAAUAUAUUCAUAUACGAUCGAAACAGCCGUCGACAGCCAGUUCCUAAAUUCUUAUGGAAGGUUGUUCAAGAUGAAUAUUCCGGGUCAUCAUUAGCCAUAAUUCAAGUCAAUGUCCCUGAUUUAAAACUAUCGGAAGCUCUUCGUUAUGUGGUGUGCAAAGAUAUUUGCAAUUUGGUGGAAUGGAUGCAGAGUCCAGUGUGGCGUGACGUCAAAUACGGUUUAACUUAUUGCUGUACUAUAAAGGAUUUUGAAAUAGCUUUUGGUUUAGAAGGACAAUUCAGUAACGGUCUCGAAGGAAUUUUCAGUGAUACGUUAAUGCUACCAGACACAGGGCGGCUUUUACUAUAACAUGGCCACGACCAAUAUUGAAAUACAUAAUGUACAUUGUAAUAAUAACAAUCUAGUAUUUACCACAAAUUACACAGACAAUUGGAAGAUUAUCACAUGAUCAAGUAUUCUUUUAUGAUAUUAAAAUGUUAAUUUAAUUUCUGCACUUAAUAAUAAAUAUUAUAAAAGCG